AUGGGUCAACCUGGGCUCUGCUUGGAGAGCGCCUUCGGUCUUCCCAACCUUCCGUCCCGCAGCGUGGUCCAGAUCAACGCCAGCCUCCGCUUCGAGCCCUCCAAGAUCAACAUCUUCACCAAGGACUGCAGGCGCAACGGGAAGGAGGCCACCUGCAUGAGGGCCUUCGUCUGCUUCACUGCCCUCUUCCUCUCCGCUCGCUUCCAGACCGCCAGCGUGGGGCUCAGGUACAACACGAGCAUCGACGAGCGCCGCUACUCGCCCCGGGCACACCUGGACGACGGCGGCGAGCGGGCGGCGCCGCGGGGGCUGGAGCUGCGCGCCGGCCAGGAGCUCUGCCACACGCUCCCCUUCCACGUCCUGGACACGGCGGAUUACGUGAAGCCGGUGACGUUCUCCAUCGACUACGAGCUGGAGCAUCCCGAGCACGGCCCCAUGCUGGACGAUGGGUGGCCCACCUCGCUCAGGGUCUCUGUCCCCUUCUGGAACGGCUGCAACGAGGACGAGCACUGUGUCCCCGAUCUGGUGCUGGAUGCCAGAAGUGACAUUCCCAGUGCCAUUUUUCCAAAGAUCCGGCUCCUGGGGCUCAUUCCCAGUGUCCCGGACACUCCAUGGAGAGGACUCCGUGUCCCAUUUCAGGACGACACCGACAUCAACAUCGACUGCGCCGGGGACGACAGACACCCCACCAGGAGGGUGUGCAACGUCAGCUACCCCUUCUUCCGAGCCAAGGCCAAGGUCGCUUUCCGCCUGGAUUUCGAAUUCAGCAAAUCCGUCUUCCUGCAGAGCAUGGAGGUCUACAUGGUUGCCAGCAGUGACAGCGAGGAGAAGGAGAGCACCAAGGAGGACAACGUUGCCCACCUCAACUUCCAGCUCAAGUACGAGGCCGACCUGCUCUUCACCAGAGGUGUGAGGGAAAACACGACCUGCAGCAUCUGGGGGAACAGCACUGACUACCGGAGAACCCCGGCGGAGGAGGACCUGUCCCGCACCCCACACCUGAACCGCAGCAACUCCGACGUGGUUUCCAUCGACUGCGAGGUGAAAUUGGCCCCCAGCGAGGAGCUGAACCUGCACUUGCGUGGGAAUCUGUGGAUGAAGUCUCUGAAGGCACUGAAGUUCAAGGCACUGAAGCUCACCACGAUCGCGGCGCUCCAGCGGCGCUUCCGGAGCCCCUUCGUUUUCCGGGAGGAGGAUCCCAGCCGCCAGAUCACGUUCGAGAUCUCCAAGCCCGAGGAAUGGCAAAUUCCCAUCUGGAUCAUCCUUGGGAGUACCUUUGGAGGUCUCCUGCUCCUGGCCCUGCUGGUCCUGGCGCUCUGGAAGCUCGGGUUCUUCAAGAGCGGGAGCCGGCGGCGAGCGGCCGAGCGGGAGCAGAAUUCCCACGGGAUGGAGUGA